AUGUCUGGUCGUCAAGGUGGUAAGCUGAAGCCUCUUAAGAGCAAGAAGAAGGGUCCUCAAGAGCUCGACCCUGAAGAAGCCGCUUUCAAGGAGAAGCAAAAGGCGGAUGCUGCGGCCAAGAAAGCCCUGAUGAACAACCUGAAAGGUGGUAAAAACCUUGUCAGCGGUGGUAUUAAAAAGUCUGGAAAGAAGUAG